UCACAAUUCUUCAGGUUUUGGUUGAAUAGACCUGACUGCCUCCCCCUUACACACGAGUAUCAUGCAUCACACCCAUCUUCAUGGCAGCAGAACCAGUUAGUUAGCUCCCAGGGAAUGUCAUUUAGGUGACAGAGGCUUCAUUUGACAGAACAGCACGUAAACUCCACAGGCAACAUCUCUGCACCUCAUCAAGACCGUUUCAAACCUACAGCAGGGCUCUUCCAGAGGUUUUCUUUGGGACCUGGCUCUGUAAUUAAAGACAGAUACAAUGAGUGUUCAGAUCGAAAAAAAGAGGUCACAGAGCCUCUCAGACCACCUGAUUCUUGAAGAAAAUCAGGAAGGGGGAAUCGUUGUACAGAACAUCAGUGAUGCUUCUGUUGCUGAUGCUUCUGGUUUGAAGACAGGGGAUGAGAUAGUUGGUGCAACCAUCUACUUUGACAAUCUCAAGAAAGAGGACGUGUUGAAGAUAAUGAAACUCACAGAGCCUUACAACGCAGAGAUGAAGGUUCAUACCAAAAAUGAGCUGAAAUCUCCAUCUGGGGCCUGGGCAACACCUGAUUUUAGCAUCAGAACUCCAGAAGCAAUGCUUAUGAAUUCAGACUACAACAAAUUAUUCAACAAUAAGAUCAAGCGACACCUGAAGACAGCAAUCUCCUGUGAUGACAUUUUUUCUGCUUCGAAUGCAGACGUGAAAGCACCAGGAAUGCAAGUGGACCGUUUGAAUGAAGGCAUGCAUGCUAAGUACAACACAAUAAAUAUUUCAGGACCCAGUGUGUCUUCUCCAGAUGUAAGCCUCAAAGGUACAAAACUGGAGCAUCCUAACUUUGAUGGUGAUUGGUCCAGUGCAAAUAUGAAGACACCAGAUGUGAAUGUAUCCACUCCAAAGAUGAAAGGAAAGAUAGAAGUUCCUGAUGUAGAUGUGAAUACACCCAAUGCUCGCGUCAAACGACCAAUGUUUAAGUUGCCAUCUUGGGGAGGGUCAAAGUUGAAAGGACCAGUAUUAGACGUAGAUGCAAACAUAAAGACACCAGAUGUGAAUGUCACCACUCCAAAAGUCAAAGGAGGAAUCACAGCUCCUGAUCUAGAUGUAAACUUACCUAAGGCUGAAGUGAAAGGUUCAAAGUUUACAAUGUCAACAUGGGGUAAAUCAGGUCCUAAAGUGAAAGGACCAGAUCUGUCAGGUCCUAAUUUGGAUAUAGAUUUGCCUGAUGUAAAUAUCAAUGGUCCAAAUGUCAAAAUGCCAUCGUUAAAUGUAUCAAAAUCGAAGUAUAAUUCACCAGACAUUGGCCUCAACAUGAAAGGGACAAAAGUCAAAGGCGAUCUCAAAGGACCCAACAUUGAUUUAAAUGCUCCAGAUUUUGAUAUUUCAGGACCAAAGCUACAUGGACCUGAAAUAGACAUAGACAGCAAAUUUCCAAGAGGAAACAUCGAUGAUCCAAAUGUUAACAUCAAAACUCCUGAGGUAGACCUUAAAGUUCCAGAUGGGAAAUUGAAGGCUCCCAAAUUCAAAAAACCUACUUUUACCUUACCUAAAAUGAAAUCAAAUAGUCCUAACUUAAAACUUAAAACACCAAAAGCCAAAGGUGGUUUGGAUUUGUCAGCUCCAAAAAUUGAGGGAGACCUCAAAGGCCCUAAUGUAGAUCUGAAAGGACCAAAGCUUGAUCUAGAAGCGCCUGAUCUUGAUGUUAAUGGACCAGGAGGAAAAUUCAAAAUGCCAACCAUUACGAUGCCUGAAUUUGGACGCUCCGGACCAAAAAUAAAGGGACCUGAUUUGGACCUGGAUGCAAACAUGAAGACUCCUGAUUUAAACAUCUCAGCUCCAAAGCUGAAGGGAGGAAUCAGUACUCCUGAUAUUGAUGUAAAUAUGCCAAAAGCUGAACUCAAGGGUCCAAAGCUGGAUAUAAAAGCCCCAGAUGUUGAUGUUGAUGGACCAGGAGGAAAAUUCAAAAUGCCGACCUUGGAGAUGCCUGACUUUGGACUAUCAGGACCAAAAGUAAAGGGACCUGAUUUGGAUGCAAACAUAAAGACACCCAAAUUAAACAUCUCAGCUCCACAGAUUGAAGGAGGACUCAGUGCUCCUGAUGUUAAUGUGAAUAUGCCAAAGGCUGAAUUCAAGGGUCCAAAGCUGGAUAUAAAAGCCCCAGAUGUUGAUGUUGAUGGACCAGGAGGACAAUUCAAAAUGCCGACCUUGAAGAUGCCUGACUUUGGACUAUCAGGACCCAAAGUGAAAGGACCUGAUUUGGAUUUAGAUGCAAAUGUGAAUAUGCCGGAUGUCAAUAUGUCAGCACCAAAGGUAGCAGGUGACCUGAAGGCCCUCAAGGUAGAUUUGCCUGAAGGAAGUUUGAAAGGUCCGAAGAUUAAUAUGCCAUCCCUGAACCUUUCUGGUCCUCAACUAUCUUCUCCAGAUGCCAAUUUAAAUUUGGAAACACCAAAACUCAAAGGGGACAUAAAUCUUUCUGGCCCAAAACUACAAAGUGAUGUAAAGGGACCUAGUGUUGAUGUAAAAGGUCUGAAUGUUGAUAUCAAUAAACCAGAUGUAAAAAUUGGAACCCCAGGAGGAAAAAUGAAAUCCCCCAAAUUCAAAUUCCCAUCCUUUGGAUUUUCAGGAUCUAAAGUAAAAUCACCUGAUGUGAGUGUGGCUGCUAAUGUCGAAACUCCAAAUAUAGAUGUUUCAGUUCCAAAAGUUAAGGGCGGUAUAAGCACCCCUGAACUGGAUCUGAAAUCACCAACGGCAAAAGCUGGGUUAAACAUUCCUGAUGCUGACCUUGAUGUUCCUAACCCAAAACUGAAGGGUUCAAAGUAUAAGUUACCAACAUUUAGUUUUCCUAAAGUGCAUACCGGGGAUGCUGACCUCAAUGUAAAGGGGGAUAUUGAUGCACCUACCCUUAAAGCGGCCAUCAAAGGCCCAAAUGUUGAUGUUAAUGUCCCUAACAUAGGUGACAUUAAGGGUCCAAAAGUAGAUGUUGACUUACCAAAAGCUGAUAUGAAAGGUAAGAAGUUGAACACGCCAGAAUUGUCUUUAUCUGGACCUGAUCUUAAUACACCCAACCUCAAAGGAGAUCUAUCUGCUCCAAAAUUACAAGGUGAUCUGAAAGGACCAAACAUUGACAUGAAAGGCCCAGAUUUUGGUGUUGAAAGUCCAGAGGGAAAAUUCAAAUUUCCAAAAAUAAAAUUUCCAACCUUUGGAAGAAAUAAAGAGCUUGAUAUGGAUGCAAAGCUCAAGUCACCAGAUGUGAAUCUUAAAACACCACAAGUAGGUGAUCUAAAAGCACCACAUGUAAAUGUCAAUUUACCUGAUGCAGAUAUUAAAGGGCCAAAGCUCAAUAUGUCAUCACUUGAUUCUCCAGAUGUAGACCUUAACCUGAAAACACCCACAAUGAAAGGGCACAUUAAUGAUCCAAAUGUUGACCUGAAAGGUGCCAGUUUUGAUGUAAAUGCUCCAAGAGUCGAUGUAAAAGCUCCCAAUAUUGGCAUUGACAGAUAUAGAGGAAAAUGGAAACUGCCUGAAUUAGAUGGACCCAAAGUGAAAACACCUGAAAUUAACCUAGAUAGUAAUCUUACAGCACCAGAUGUUUCAAUGCCACCUUUAAAGGGGGAGAUACAAACUCCUGGCUUUGAUGUCAAAGGUCCAAGUUUAGAUGCAUCUAAGCCCAGAUUCUCUGGACCACAGGUGGAUCUAGACACACCAAAACUGAAAGGGGACAUAAAUGUAUCUACACCAACAAUGAAGGGCAACCUUCAAGGUCCAAACAUCAAUGUAAAGUCUCCCAGCUUUGGUAUGAAUGAUCCAGAUGUUAGCUAUGGAGCUCCACAUGGGCAAGUUAGUUUUCCCAAGAUAAAUGCACCUUCCUUUGAUGGUUACACGCCAGAAUUUGUAGGACCUAAUAUAAAACCUGAUGUAUCAGCCCCGAACACUGAUAUUAACGCAAAGCUCCAGAAACUUAAAGAACACUCAUUGUCUAGAAUAGCCACAGACACAGUAGGUGAUGUAGAUUUCAAUAUUCCUGAAGCAAGCAUCACAGGACCAAAUAUUAAAACACCUUCACUCAAUUAUUCAGGGCCUACAGUCUCAGCUCCUAAAGCAGACCUCAGUCUUCAGUCACCAAAAAUGAAAAGUGAUGCAGGAAUAUCUGGACCAAGUAUUAAAGGCCAGGUCCCAGAUUUAGAGGUGGAUAUCAGUGGUCCAAAAGUAAAUGCUACUGCAGAUGGUCAAAUUACAAGGGGUACAUUUAAAGUAAACAAGGCUGUACCUAAAGUUGAAAUUGACAGUCAGGCCAUUGACAAGAACUCACUCCCAAGGUUUAGUAGCAGUAUUGAUAUUGAAGAUUACACAUCAAAUUCUUUUAGCUUUUCUGACUUUUUAAAUUUCGGCCGUAAGAAAGGCUCUGUAGAUAUAACCACAUAAGGCAGUGUUUCACCAAGGUCUCCAUCUAUACCCUCCAAAUUAUGUUUGCCAGGACUUGACUUGUCAUUUGCCUAGUGACUGGUCAUCUGUACAUUUGCAAAUGGUUUAUGACGGUCAAAUCAUAAAUGCAUCAUGUACCAGAACCCUAAACCUAACUUUGAAAAGAUGUUACUGUUUUUAAUAACAUUUUUCUUUUUCUUUUUUUUUGUAAAUAUAAUUACCAGUACUUUAAGCUGCUAUUACAGUAUGUACUAUUUAUUUUUUGUUAAGGUGAAAUCAUUUUAAUCAGAAAUUGUUGACAACAGAAAUUAUAUAUAUAUAUAGAUAUAUAUAUAUAUAUAUAUAUAUAUAUAUAUAUAUAUAGACACACACACACAUAUACUUUUCCGAUGAACAGUUUUAGUAAAUGUUAGUGUUUUUAACUAUUAUGAUCCAAGUAGAGAAAACAUGCAUGCCAAUUAUUUCAUCACAGCGCCAUUACUUUGCCAGCUUGUUUACCUACAUAAAAAGGGUAGACAGUAUUAAAUCUAAUGAAACCAAUCUUGCUGUUCCUCCAGUAUUCUGGCCAUUUAUUUUGGGGAUUCAGAUAUCUUUUUGCAGUAUAUAUUUAAGUUUUUGUAAUAUAUACUUGAUUUAGUUUAUCAUCGUGUAUGUUUCUCUUUCAGUGUAUUUAGUAAUGCAUGUUUUUGUCCAUCUUGCCUAACAUUCUGACACUAUUGUAAAAGUCAGACUGUGAUAGAUAGAUAUAUAAAUAAAUAAUUAUGUAUAAAUUAUUAUUUUUAUUUUUUUUUCUAAUAUGUACCAGUACUAUAAAUAAGUAAUAUUCUUCUGUAUGUAAAAUCUCACACUAUUCUAAUGAAGGAUUAAUAAGGUAUAUCAAAAUAUUGGGACAUCUGAAAAGCCACUGUAAUGAUUAAUGAAUAUGUUUGCUAUUUAAUAAACUAUUCUUGAUGGUUGAGAACUUUUUUUUUUUUUAAAACACCAAUCGAUAAGUUUCAUGGAGAAUAAAAUUUGAAAGUAAAUAAUUGUGCCCCAUAGUAGCAUAAUAUAUUUAAAAUGAAGGGAAAUGUUUUUGCUGGGUUCUUCAUGUCUUAUGUGUAACACUCAUGUCUUUAACAACGGUAUUCAAUAAAAGUGUUUUUUCCCCUCAA